CAGACAGGUGUUGCUCUCCGGCGGCUCUUCGCCACUAUCCUGAAGGACUGCCAACCCACUCAACCACGCGAGCUUUGGACAAAAUUUCGGGACUCCAUCUGCGAUGAUGUUCGAGUCAAGCUACGGCGCCUACCCUUCCCCAUCGCUGAUCCGACCACUGACGACAUCUAUGAUUAUGGCCUGUAC